AUGUUAAGUUCUGAUUGUGCAGGAUGCAGUGAUCCAGUGAAGCGUGCAAUUUUAUACUCAAAAAAUCCUAAUUCCCUUUGUUCUAACUGUCGAAGUGUCAUUUCUAUCCAAGAGUCCACAGAAUCCAUAUCAAAAGAAUCUUUCUUUGAAACAGAAGACUUAAAGUAUCCUCACUUCAGGAAACAAAAAAAGAAGAGAUUCUUCAACACUUUUACCAAAAUGAAAAAAUAUGCCCAUCACUUGUCAAAACAAAUCGGCAACAGAUUCACAGCUGCAGCUGUUCGAAAAGCAAGACAAGAAUACAGAUUGGCUGAAAAACUAGCAGAAUUACAUGAUAAAGCAAGCCAGAAAACUAGAGAACAUUUGGUGAAAGCGAUAAGGACCUGCUAUGUCCGCGACUAUAAUUUAGAACAAGUUAAUGCAUAUUUAAGACAGAAUGGCCCUCCGUUUGAGAACCUAGCUGAUAUAUUCCAAGACCUUUAUGAUAAUUAUAUUAAUAGAGAUUAA